UGCUAGGCGAGUUGGAUCGGUCUCUUUCAGAUAUCUGGCAUCUAUCACGGGGGAUGGCAACACUACAGCGAAGCCUGGGGCAGAGGCAAAAUCGAGAACGUGCGAUAAGGAUGAUUUUUGAUGCUUUCGUCGCAAACCACGAUGGCGGAUGGGGUCUUCAGGAGUUUAACACCUUCCAACAGGCGCUUGGGAAAGAAGCCCUGCACGAAGCGACACUGACCGAGUUGUUCGGAGAAGCCUCUACAAUACCUUUUGAAAAGUUCAUGGCGAAGUACGAAAAUUAUCCAGCGACAAGAUUAUUUGAGAUGAUCCGUCGACUUGGAAUUGGAUCACUUGGCGACCUGGUGAAGGGUUCCAUCUCAAUAACGUCGACGUCAAGUGAACUGUGUGUAAAAGCUCUGAGUGUUUUACUGAGCCCUCUUCGCUGGGCGGAUGCUGUGUGGAAAAAACUGUUUGUUUUUACGAGGAACACGAAGGAUUUAAGCUUCGAAUUCCGUUCCAUCAAGCUAGGCGAGCUCGUACAGAAGUUUUUCAACCAUGACACACCGAAAUUUGUCACAGAUCCGCUGUUUGUGGCCUCGUGGAUAGAACGAUUUGAGGAAUUUAUCCAUCCUCCGCACGCCGAGCACUCCAAGGAUCGACCAUGUCGUAGCAUUUUUUGCUCGUUAGAACAAGAAGUGAGCAAGACGGAGCAGCAGUUGCAGUUCGAUGACCAAAGCAAAAGGCUACCACGGGGGACAUCUGCUUGGCGCGCUAAAGCUUUGAUUCAGUUUCUGGAAAUGGCAAAACUUGUUCAAGCGCAUGUUCGAGGACCAGAGCUUCUAGAUAUACGCAGUAAGAGUAUUCGCAUUCACGAACCUGACUCCGAGAAACUAUGGACUGAGCUUGCGAUCACACAGUUCCAGCUAUGGGAAGCCCACGUCAGGGCAUUGCACAUGCCUUCCAUUCUCGAGGUUUCAUCAACUACACAAUCCAAACGACCCGGUGCUGAUGCGAAACCACUACACACUGUGCUCCUACAGGAGGCCUACAGCACUUUCCUUAUUGCGAUGGAAUAUCCGAACAGCAAAUCGAGCCCAGAACUGUUGCUUCCACUUGUGAGGCUUUACAUCGAAUUUGGUUCAUACCGGGGUGCACUUGCUGUGUGCACUCUUCUCGUUGAAGGCUAUCCGACGUCACCUCGCCUUAAUGAGGCCAUUUUCUUGUCGGCGCUAACCGCAUCAGCCAUGGAUCGACAUCGAGAAAGCGCACAAUACUUUCAGUAUCUAGCCGAAGAACAGUCAUUGCCUCCGUAUCGACUUGCAGCGUAUCAAUUCAGUCUGCUAGCAGCAUUGGAGCUAUCUGAUGUACCAGGCAUGCGUGCACUCGAGCGUGAGACGUAUACUCAGGCGUACAAAGCGCUUGUUGUCCUUCCGCCAGUAUUGCCAUCAGAGAAGGCCGCGCACAUAUUAUUCAUGACGUCGCGAAAGAACGAGGAUCAACGCACACUCAUAUGGUGUCGUGAUGUUCAGACGUGGUUGGAUCUAGCGCAGCGGCUCGCAGGACCAGCUAAUGCACCGCUUCUGGUUCUAUCAACUCUUCGUCAAGCUCGACGCAGGAUGAAGCCAGCGUCAAAGGGUUUCCCUGCAGCCGAACGUCUUCUGGAAGGUGCGAAUCUGUUGCGUACUGGAAAUAAUCCAGGGGCAGAGAAGGUUAUUGCUGAAGCGCUGUUGAGGCUACCUCGGGAUGAAUACUACAUCGCCCGUCAUGAGCGAUUCCUGCUCGAGAUGUGUAGUGUUUCAUGGCGAGCACAUUUCGCCUUGGAGCACAAGAGUGCAUCACGUUUGCAAUCUUUUGUUUGGCGGUGUUGGAGGUUGGUGAAGUGGCGUCUCGGUGUCGCGUAUGUGUUGGAGCAGCACCGCAAUGUGAUGGUAGUACGAAUUCAAUGCGCGUGGAGAGGGUUAAGAGCCCGACAAGAAUUUGAAUUAUUGCGUGAAAAGCAACGAGAAAAGGAGGAGCUUGAAAAUGUUGAAAUGGGUGAUCAAGACGACAGACUAAUCGAGCUUCACCUGAACUCCACCGCAAGGAAAAUUCAAUCUCUGCUUCAGAUUGCGAGGAGCAAGCAAACAGUGAGAGCUCUCCGUGCGCGAAAAACUGAACGUGAGGCUCGCUUGGCGGGGUUUGCUGAACGUCGAAUCGAGCUUGGUCAACUUGGAGUCUUUCGUAGAUGGCGCGGUUUCGUUUCCUUUCAGAAGCAGGCGCGCUUCGAUGCUGCUGUGCUCAUCAAUCGUCAAUUUCGCGCCUGGCACAGCCGCAAGCUCUGCAAUCAGAUGCUGCUUCAACGUCGACAACAAAAUAGCAUCCUGCAGCAGUGUCGAGUCCGACGUUCAGCGUCGCUGAUAUUGCGCGUGUUUCAAGCCUGGCACACGGAACUUAUUGAGGUUCGAUGUCGACGUGAUUGGGCUUCACGGGUCAUUCAGCGAAAAUGUUGUUCAAAAUUAGUCGUUCGUCAAUACCAUGUCGAGCUGCGACAUCACCGGGCAGCGACCGCUACGAUGAAUCACUUGCUUUCUGAUCGCAGACGAAAAAUUCUGUUAAGCUUUUGGCGGGCACUCGCAAACCACGCGCUCGUCCGUCGUCUGCGCAAACGAGGUGCAGCUGUGACCAUCCAAAAGCACAUGAGAGGUGUACUCGCUCGAAAGCAAGCGAAACGGCUUCGAGCCCGUCGUCGACGAGCUCUCAAGGUACUAGUGAAGCUUUCAUGCUCACGCCAAAUUCAGCUUCUGCAGACAGGAUUCAACUUUCUUUGUCAGCACGUUCAGGCAUACCACAGAAGAAGAUAUGGCGCGGUAUUAUGCAUCCAGGGAUUAGCUCGGGGAUUUGGCACUCGUCAAAGGCUGCAUCGACGCCGUAUUGCAGAAAGACUCGUCAACGGGGCCGUGACUAUUGGCAGUAAGCUUAAGGGUCAAUCCAGGGACAUUAAACUGUGGGCAUGUCUGCUAGAGCUCUCACGGUGCAUAUCACUCCGCCAUGCUGCUGUAAUUCAGGUGCAACGGUGGUGGAGAAGUCGACGAACGCGCUCUCGUACACUUCGAGUACUUAAAAAGCGUGCAGUGCAAAUACAACUACUUGGCAGAUUGCAGAAGAGUUUCUACACCCUUGCACGAAGCAUUUUCCAACAACUUCGUGCAGAAUCGAAUGCCAGAAAGGCCCACCAACGCGCAGCAGCAAACAUAAUACAACGCCGACUCCGAUGCUGGUUGAUGCGUCGACGGUACCUCAGCACGCUUGACAGACAGUCGAUAGCUGCUCAACGUGGCAAAAAAGCUUCUAAGAAAAUAGUAUUCCAAAGAGUGCGUCGAUUGUUUUAUGGCUGGAAAGAAGCGACGCGAGCGACACAAAGAGAGCAGUACGAAGCAGCUUGUCUAGUACAGCGAAUAUUCCGUCACCAACGUGCACAGCACCAAGCACGCUGUAACAUGGUAAAAAAGGCAGCUCAAGAGCGAUUGGUGGCUACAGCCUCACAAAAGCCAUUGGAGCGCUUCUUCCGUCAGUGGGAGGCCGCGGCCCUACUUGAUAAGAGUGUGCUGCAUGUACGCAGUUCACCGUUUAUAAAGUCAACGCCCGUGAGCGAGCAGUGGAAGCCUGGUACUGCGUCUGGAAACAAGUUUGACAAGCCCCUCACGCUCGAGGAGCGUGCAGAGAUACCAUCAAUGCUUUUCUACAUAUUUCUCAAUCUGAAUAACCAGUUUCCUUGUUUCCCAAUUAUUCCACCCAGCGGGGGCACAGUAUUCAAGAGUCCGCAAAUCCGACAACUCAUUUCUCUAUCCACUAGCGUUAUUGCCGACGGUGGUGGCGGCCUCCAUACCAAUUCAACCUCCAGUAAACCACUACUCAAUCUCAACGAGCAGGUCGUGGACGCUUUGGACGCGUGCUCCAGCUCCCUUUCCAACUCGUGCCCUGUGCGGUCCCUCAUCCUGUGCAACGCGCCGCUCCGAUUUUUCCAUGCGUCUCUUUUAGCAGCCAUAGUGCAACGCAGCCGCCGCAGUUUCAACCUCGCGCUGGUGUCCGUCGUGCUUGUCAACGUCCCGCUCGCUCCUGUGUCCGUCGUGUCCCUCGCCUGUGCAUUAGCUCAGAAUCCGAGCUGUUUGCAGCAACUUGUUCUAGAACGUUGCCAAGUGGGCAGUGCUGGUGCCGCCGCGCUAUUCGAGUCCUUGAGUUACAAUCGAGCGCUGUGGAAGCUCGACCUCAGCGGGAAUCACAUCGCGGAUGCUGCCUGUCCUGCUCUUUCUCGAGCGCUGUUGGCCAGCAGCCAAUUGCGUGUUUUGGCGCUGAGCCGCAACUUCCUGUCGGACCGCGGCGUGUUCUGCUAUCUGGCCCCGGCACUGGCCUCGAGUCAAUUGGAGACGCUAGUGCUGUUACAGAACCCGCGCGUGUCGUCGAUGGGCAUCGGAGCACUUCGCCAAGCAGCGUCAACACGCGUGGUUUCAGAUUGA